AUGACACCUAACGAGACCCUGAUACAGACCAGAACGGACUACUUUCGCGACCAGUGGCGAGCCUGGCGAAUUCUGGGAGCCCUACAGCUCAAUGGCCGGAAAUAUCGGAGUGGAGCCAUGGUGCUCAAUAUUUUCGUGGCCUUGUACCCGCCUGCGCUUCUGCUAUCCAUGUUCAGCUUCGAUACGCCACUGGAGAAUAUCACCAACUUCAGCCUGUCCAUAACCUCGUCGGCCACUAUUCUGAAGUUCGGCCUGUAUGUGCUGCAGCUGCAAAGGCUCACGGAAAUGGAGAAGGUUAUCGCCAGGUUGGACGAUCGUAUAGAAGGAGCAGAACAGUAUCGGUGCCAUCGCCUGAUGGCCAAAACGUUGCGCCAUUUAUCCAACCUGUUCCUGUACACUUACGGCUUCGUCCUCUUGAACUCGGAAGUUUCGUUCCUAUUUAAGAGCGAGCGGAGCUUGCCAUUCCCCUCGUGGUUCCCCUUCGACUGGAAAAGCUCGACGAUAAACUACAUCGGAGCCCUGUGUUUUCAGUUAGUCUCAAUUUUCUGUCUGAUUCUGCAGAACUUUGCGGACGACUCUUUUCCGCCGCUGGCCCUGUGCUUAUGUGCGGAGCACUGUCAGCUGCUGAUCCUGCGCAUCUCCAGUAUUGGCCACGGGUCCAACGAGCAGGACGCCAACGAAGCAGAACUUGUCAGAUGCAUCAAGGACCAGAAGGAGCUCUAUGGAUUACUUGAGCUCAUAAGCGCCGUCAUCUCGUGGCCCAUGAUGAUUCAGUUCUUCGUCAUGGCCCUCAAUAUUGCGGCUACCAUGUUCGGUCUGGUCUUCUUUGCGGAGGCCAUGCAGGACCGAAUGUACUUUGUCUCAUAUCUGUUAGCUCUCGUCCUGCAGACAUAUCCCAUCUGCUUCUACGGCAGCCUCCUGGAAGAGCGGUUCGGGCGACUCCACUAUGCAGUCUUCUGCAGCAAUUGGAUGAACCAGAACCGCAGAUACCGUGCCAACAUGAUGAUCCUCGCUGAGCGAACCAAGCGGCAUCCGCGUUUGCUAGCGGGCAACCUGGUCCCCAUUCACCUGAGCACCUUUCAGGCGAGCUGUAAGGCGGCCUACUCUUUCUUCACCCUGAUCGGCAACACACGGGACAAGGCGGGGCCGAAUCACAAUCAGAACUAG